GGGAAAAUUUUGGGGAAAUUUUUGGGGAAGAUUUUGGGAGAAAUUUUGGGAAUUUUUUGGGAAUUUUGGGGAAGAUUUUGGGGGAAGUUCUGGGAAUUUUGGGGUAAUUUUUGGGACAUUUUUGGGAAUUUUGGGGGAAUUUUCAGGAAUUUUUGGGAUUUGAAUUUUAGGGGAAUUUUGGGGGAAUUUUUGGGACUUUUGGGGAAGAUUUUGGGGGAAUUUUAGGGGAAUUUGGGGGGAAUUUGGGGGGAAUUUCAGGAGAUUUGGGGUUCACAGUGCCUUGGGCUGUUCACAGUGAAUUCCGGGGAGGGGAUUUGGGGAUUUUUGGUAUUUUGGGGAUUUCUGGGCAGAUUUUGGGGCAAUUUUUGGUUUUUCUCAGGGAUUUUUGGGGCUCCUUUUUUCCAGGUCCUUUUUUGGGUGCUUUUCACUCCAUUUUGGGAAUUUUUUUUUUUUGGGGGGUGUUUUGGGUUUUUCUGCUCUUCCAGGUGUUUUUUUUUGGGGGUGGGUUCAGAAUUUUUUCGGGUGUUUUCAGCAGAAUUUUGGUUCUUUUGGGCUAUUUCUGGCUGGUUUGGGGCUAUUUUGGGUAUUUCGGGGUAUUUCCAGCUCUUUUUUGGGAUAUUUUUGGCUGUUUCCAGCUUUUUUUUUCCGUUCCCGGCUGAUUUUGGGGCAUUUUUGGCUCUUUUGGCUGUUCCCAGCUGGUGUUGGCUGUUUCCAGGUGUUUCCAGCUGUUUUUUUGGUGUUCCUGGCCAGGUUUUGGGCUGUUUCAGGUGCUUUUCCUGUCUCCAGUUGUUCUCCAGAUGUUCCCAGGUGUUCCCAGCCAGUUUUUGGGGGAUUUCAGGUGUUUCCAGCUGGUUUUGGGCUCAUUCCAGGUGUUCCUGGCCGGUUUCUGGGCUAUUUCUGGUGGCUUUGGCUGUUUCCAGGUGUUCUUCAGGUGUUCUCCAGGUGUUCCCAGCCGGUUUUUAGGGUAUUUCAGGUGUUUUCAGCCGGUUUUUGGGCCAUUUUUUGGUUGUUUUCCAGGUGUUCUCAGGUGUUCUCAGGUGUUCCCAGCCCAUUUCAGGGUAUUUUUGGGGUGUUCCCAGCCGGUUUUUGGGGUGUUCCUGGCCAGUUUUCCCGGUGUUUUCAGGUGCUUUGGGUGUUCCCUGUUGUUUUCCAGGUGUUCUCAGGUGUUCCCAGCUGAUUUUUGGGGCAUUUUCAGGUGUUUCCGGCCGAUUUUGAAUUAUUUUUGGGUGUUCACAGCCCAUUUUCGCCAUUUUUGGGGUAUUUUGGGUGUUCCCAUUCCAUUUUUGGGGUGUUUCAGGUAUUCCCGUUCCAUUUUUUGGGCAUUUUCAGGAGUUUCCAUCCAAUUUUUGGGGCAUUUUCAGGUAUUUCUAGCCGAUUUUGGGUUAUUUUUGAGUGUUCCCAGCCGCUUUUUGGGGUGUUCCGGGUGUUCCCACUCCAUUUUUGGGGUGUUUCAGGUGUUCCAUUUCCAUUUUUGGGGUGUUUCAGGUAUUCCCACUCCAUUUUUUGGGUGUUUCGGGUGUUCCCAUUCCAUUUGGGGGGGUUAUUUUUGGGUGUUUCCAUCUGGUUUCGAGGUAUUUCAGGUGUUUCAUUUCCAUUUUUGGGGUGUUUUGGGGUGUUUCCAUCCAUACUCGGGGUGUUCCAGGUGUUCCAUUCUCGGGGUGUUUCAGGUGUUCCCAAUUCCAUUUUUGGGGUAUUUUCAGCAUUCCCAAUCCAUUUUCGGGGUGUUUCAGGUAUUUCCAUCCAUUUUUGGGGUGUUCCCACUCCGUUUUUGGGGCAUUUCAGGUAUUCCCAAUUCCAUUUUCAGGGUGUUUCAGGUAUUCCCAUUCCAUUUUUGGGGUAUUUCAGGUGUUCCCUGCCCAUUCUCGGGGUGUUUCAGGUGUUCCAGGUGUUCCAUUCUCGGGGUGUUCCAGGUGUUCCCUGCCCAUUCUCGGGGUGUUUCCGUCCCUCCCGGGUGUUUGGGGGGGACAGGUGGGGCAGUCCCGUGCCGGUGACGCCCCCUCAGGUGCGCAGCAGGUGCUGCAGGUGCUCCCCGAGC